CAAGGGAAUUGUCACGUGAUUAAGAAGGAAGGUUCAAAUGGUCUGCAGCAAAGGGCUUGGUUCAGUGGUCUGCAGCAAAGUCGACCAUCACGGCAAAAAAGGCAUACAAGCAAAUACUUCGCCAACUCGCUAAUAGGGCACCUGUUGCGAUUAUACACAGCGAUGUUUCUGUACCUACUUGGGCUGCUGGCGUUUUUAUUCCUGUACCGAUGGUUCAGGGAAAGGAAAAGAGUCGGAAAUGAAUCGGACAAAUAUGUCUACAUCACUGGGUGCGACUCUGGGUUUGGUAACCUGCUGGCGAGACACCUGGACAAACUUGGCUACCACGUUAUUGCCUCCUGUUUCACGGAGAAGGGUGAAGAUGGGCUGAAGAAAGUCUGUUCGCUAAGACUGUCCACCAUCCACCUGGAUGUUGCAAAUACAGACAGUGUCAACAAAGCAGCUGCCACAAUAAAAACCCAGGUUGGUGAAAAAGGUCUGUGGGCUGUGGUAAACAAUGCUGGAGUCUCUGUGCCAUCAGCAAACUGUGAUUGGCUCACCAUUGAGGACUAUAAGUCAAUGCUGGAUGUGAAUCUGAAUGGGGUCAUUGCAGUGACGCUAAGCGUCCUCCCACUGAUUAAGAAAGCCCGUGGCCGAGUGGUGAAUGUUGCCAGCGUCUUUGGAAGGAUCAGUGCAAUUGGUGGACCUUACUGUGUGUCAAAGUUUGGAGUGGAGGCCUUCAAUGACAGUCUUCGGAAAAACCUGAAACCCUUUGGGGUUAAAGUCCUGUGCAUUGAACCAGGGUUUUUCAAGACUAGUGUGACUGAUGUGAAAAUAGUCGGAGAAAGCGUUAGGAAAGCAUGGGCUAAACUGCCUCAGGAGGUCAAAGAAGAAUAUGGACAUGAUUACCUGGACAAAGUGGAUGAAAUGCUUUUAAAGAAAAUGGAAAACAUGCCAGACAUGGACCUGAUGAAGGUAGUUCACUGCAUGGAGCAUGCCAUCGCAGCAGUUCAUCCUCGAACCCGUUACUCACCCGGGUGGGAUGCAAAGUUUUUCUGGAUCCCACUGUCUUACAUGCCCACCUUCAUUUCUGAUUACUUGCUUCUAAAAGAUUCUGUCAAGCCUGAGAAAUGUGUUAUAUAGCAUUAACCAUCUUCAUUCUGACAUCCUUGAACUGUUUAGAGGAGCCCGUUGUUGUUAACACUAGACAGAACACCACUGCAUUUGGAUACUUUAGAAGUCAUGGAGUUACUUCAGAAUAAAAAGUUCAGCCCUGAAAUUAUACUCACCUGACUCAUUGAAGCCCUAACAAGUAAAUCACUGGUGUCUGGGCCUUAGUAAUCAUCUUUUUGAAAAGUAAAAAAUUAUAAUUCAAAAGGGUUCCAAACUUUUACACAGGGCCCUUUUCCUUAAAAAAACGUAAAAAAUGAAAAUAAAAAGCAAUCUUUAAAAUAUGCAGAAAGGUCUCAUGUUUAACUGUAUGUGAUCAAAAGCAAACCUGAACUAUAAAUGCAAUAAGAUUCAUUGUUACAGACCAGGGGUGCCCAAAUAUUUGCACCCCACAGUAUUUGCAUUAACCGCUAAGGCAGUUUGUGGUUCAGGCGAGUUGAGCAGUCAGAAGCCACCUGCCUGCUGAUAAACCACAGCUCACCUUUUGAAGCUUCAACCCUGUCUUUUAUGACAUGACGAUAACCAUUCCUGGCCUCUCAGCUUGUGUGCUUUUACAGCUUCUUGCUGAAUAAGUUACAGAGAAACCAAAACCUUUUGACCAAGAAAAAAUGCUGAGACGGGCAGAAUUAAACUAUGGGCAGAUUUUUUUAAAUACAGCAUCGUAUGGAAAUCUGACAUGGGGGGGAUGCCCAGCUUGUAGCUUGUUUAAUACAGAACUAUUUACAGUUACAAAAAGUCAGAGCAUUGUUAAAAAGGGAAGAUUAGAGUAUGCAACUAACCAUUCUGAAAAAAAAAAAAAAAAAAUAUAUAUAUAUAUAUAUAUAUAUAUAUUCCUGAAGGGUUGAUAUCUCUGAGGUUCCAUUGUAUUUCUUCUCCAGUUUAAGGAGGAAAUAAUACCUUGGGCCAGUAGAAGUGAAGAAAUGGCAAGAAUGCAUUAUGGUAGUGACUAUCAAUCACAAGCACUUGGAAUUAUUUGGAAUAUUGUCUGUGCUUGAUGUAUGUGGAAACAAUGCAUUUUCAUGAUAAUUUGUCAAUUUGAGCAGCUAGUCAAUUAAAAUAUAUAUGGAAACUGUCUACGGCUGGAGGCAGAUAAAAAUACCAAAUGGGAUCAAAUAUAGUCACGGGCUGCUUCCAAAAUCAAACACUCCCCACUAUAUUUAAGCAAUAACUCAUGUCAGGCAGUGGCGAAGGCAGCCAGAACAGGCGCAGAUCUGGCCUGUAGUCGCUUGCAAUCUGGGAAGCUAACUAGCAAGUGAAUUUGGCAGUUAUAGUUUACUAAAGUUACAUAGCAAUUGUCUUCUUGUAUAUUAUUCUUGUAUAUUAUUCUAGUACAGACAUUCUAGUCAAUGAAAAAAAUCUAUCAUAUUUGGUAAUUGUUAUAUUUAAGCAAUAACUCACGACAGGCAAUGGUAAAUAGAAUUUAUAUCACAUCUAAAGGGCGUUGUUCGGCCCGGGACUCAGCGGAGGGAUGCAACCCGUGCAGCUGGUACAUCACGUCCUUGAGUGAGUUUUUGUUUUUUUAAUGAAACGGGUAGGCCAAUCUCGCAAUUUCAUUGGUUCAUAGUAGUGAGAAAAUGCCUAUAUACCACAGCUGUGCGUUCCAAUGCUUGUUUACAGCUCUAUUUCAAGUAUCAAUCCGUAGCAGCCAUAGCAGAAUGGUGAAGCAGCCAUUCAAGUAAAAAUGGGAAAAGCCGAUAUACGUCAAUCACCUUGCAACAAUGUUGCCCAGAAUUUGCAAGCAAGCAGGGACGCACAGCUGCACACUGCCUCUGCUUCCAUGUGAUUCAGAAACUGUCCGAUGCGGGUCUUGAUUUGCCAGUAAACUCUAAUUAAAGAAAUUAACUCUAUUGUUCCAUCAAACUCGCUAGCUAGGUAGCAAGCUACCGUGAGUGAGCAUGCCUUUAUUAUUUUAUUUGUAUGUUCCCAUUGUGCAAAGACUGAAAACUUGUGGCUUGGUUUUUGCUCUGCUUUCUCCGGUCCACAAGUUUCGGUCACCCGAGAGAACUCUCGCACUUCGCUUACGGACACAAAUAUCUCUUGCAAAUCAAGACUCAUAGGAUAGUUUCGAAUCAGGUCCGCUUCCAUCUGAUUCAGAAACUAUCCUAUGAGUCUUGAUUUGCAAGAGAUAUUUGUGUCCGUAAGCGAAGGCCGUGUGUUACUCUUCUUCCCUGCUCGCUUGGAAAUUACUGAAAGUUGAUUGACGUGCAUCUAGUGAUUUUCCAAAAAAAAAAAGAAAAAGAAAAAAAGGAUUAAAAUACAUAUCCAUUGAUUUUAACUACAUUCCGCUAAGUAUAGUUAAAGCUAAUACUCACAUUUAAAUUGUUCAACUGUCGUUUGAACACCUCCCUCCUGGUUGCUUGGGUCCCGACUAACACAGUAGGCUACUCGUACCAGCGUAGCGUCCAGCGUUCGCAUGCUAUGAUAUUUCACAGAAUGUAGUGUUAUAUCUGGCUAGUUGUUAUGGAGUGUUUUUUUGCAGCUAUGGUUUUGGACAUACAAAUACUAUUUUGACACACUAAAUAGUAAACUAGUAUGUGAUUUCAGAUGCAGCCAUGAUGGAGUCAUCCUGACUAGCUGUAGUUUUAAAGGACCACCAUUGAUUUCAGGAGUAGCAAGCAACUAGCUACAAAGGCCUACCUUUUCACUGUCAUUUUAUUGUUUUGCAUUUGCAUACAGAACACGUUAAAUGAGAAAUUAUGCUGAAGCUGUGUAUUCAAAAGCUUAUUCAGCCCUAGAGAGCUUUGGCCAGCUGGAUAAUCUACUGAAUUAUUUUAUGAUUUUGAACUUUAUAUGAAUUUAUUUGAAUGUAAUGUAAUUGGUGUAGUAACAAUGUAGAAGUGCUGCCUGCCUCCUGAUAAGCAUGUUUUGCCAAUGCCUUGAUAUAAAUAAAAAGAAUUUGAACAAUGUCA